AUGGCUACGGCAAAAUCUGAAGUUGCCGUGGUUGUUCGACUAGCUCCAAAGUAGGUUGGCUUCGAUGACCCAGGCAAUUUUCCGAUUAUUUCUAGAAAUCCCGUAGACCACCGGGACUGGAGAAGGGGUGAAGACGGCUUGCUGGUUGGUGUCGACAAAGAAGGAAAACAGCUCUGUUAUAAAUUUGGUAUGCUUCGAGAUUUUUCAUCCUCUUAUUUUUUCUGACACAAAGUUUUGAUUUUUAGACGAACUUUUUGAUCAAAGUCACGAAAACGCGGAUGUUUACAAAAAAUCUGUGAAGAGUUUGGUCGCGUCGGCCGUUGACGGCUUCAAUGUUACGGUGGCGGCUUAUGGACAAUCGGGCUCAGGUGAGAAAAAUUUGGGCGAUGCGAAAACUUGUGUCUCUAGGUAAAACCCACACGUUGCUGGGAACGGACACCGAAAAAGGAUUGCUGCAUUAUGCUGUUGAUAGUGUUUUCCAACACAUAGAGCAGGUUUGUUCAUGGCGCGAAUUUCAGCAAUCUUGAUCAUUUUUUGUGGUCAAAAAUACUGAGUUCUAUGUGAAUAGUGCUUGAGUAGAAGCUUGAAUCAAAAUUCAGUCAUUUUCGAAAAUUUUUUGAAUACUAAUCCAGAUGAAAGAUUACAUAGUUUUUAAUUUUUUUUUUAUCUUCAGAGGAAUCCUUACCUUCAUUAAAAUAGGUGAAAAUUUAAUUUAUGAAAAGAUAUUGACUCUCAAAUUUGAAUCUGAAGUGUUUUUUCACGCAAUGAAUGAAGCGAAUACAAAAAAAAUCUCAGACUUACAGACUGUAAGUUCAAUAAUAUUUUCCUCUGGAGAUGUUAUUUCUUUUCACUGAAAAAUGAAGAAAAUUUGAAGAGAAGUGAGAGAAAGUACUUACUUUCGCUCAUGUGCGUCGAGGUCUACAACGAGAACGUGCACGACCUGCUGUCGGAAAGCGACGUCGUCGUCAACCUGAAGCUCUUCGACAAACAGGACACCUGUUCUGUGAGCGGAGCUCUCGAACCGCGCGUCUCCAGCGUUUGCGACGUCUUCAAGCAUCUUUCUGUUGCCCUCGGUUCGCUCAUUUGCCUUCCGCGGACGAAAUUUCUGCAGAUCGGCGCAAAAUUGGCGCUACUGGCCUGAACAAUAAGUCAUCCAGGUCUCACGCUCUCUUUCAACUCACCAUCGAGUCUUGUGAUGGUAGUUUUUUUCAACUUGUUUUAUUCAAUAAAGAAUUAGGGCAAAGGCAACAAUGUGACGAAAAUACUUCCAGCACAAGUUCCAUCGGCGUUCACCGUCUCAAGACUGGUGUUCGUCGACCUCGCGGGGAGCGAAAACGCUAAAGCGGCCAACUCUACGCAGCAGUCAGUGGUAGGCCUUCUUCCACUAGAAAAGGGUGGGAGGCACAAGUUUGGGGCUAGCUCAUCUUCAAAUCUUGAAACGACUUCUCCAGUUAGUGAUAAACGGUUCAGGAAGGAGGCAAUAUCAACAAGUCCCUUUUGGCCCUCGGCACAAUAAUCAGCUCUCUUGCGGACGAAGGAAUGAAAAGUCAGGGGUUGGACUUCGUAAACUAUCCUUUUCCCUAUUUCAAUUGUCGAUGGUUUUAUUCACGUUUUUAGUUUGUCUUUUCGUACUUCCAAACUGACGCGUUUAUUGAAAACGGCGUUUGGGGGAAACUCGAAGACUUUGAUGGUUUGCUGCAUCCAUCCGACGCCGACGGCUCUCACCUCGUCCACACUCAAGGUUGUUUCUUUUCUUCAGUUUAUGGACCAACAGUAAGUCAUUUUCAGUUCGCUCGACAGGUCAAAAAAGUAAAGAACGAGCCGGUGAAGAACGAGUCGCAGAAUGAAAGUCACUUGGCACAGUAUCUCAAACAGAUUGAAGAUUUGAAAAAGCAACUGGCGGUCAGUAGUUUUUCUUUCAAGAUUCUUCAUAGUUUUAUUUGAUUUCAAACUUAAUUUCCUUACAGGAGAAGGACGAGCGCGAGACAAAAAUGCACAUUUUGAGCCUUCGGAAUGUGAUUCUGAACGAUCGGGAAGAUUCGGAAAACAAGCCUUUGCGCUCUUCCCGACGGCAUUCCAUCGCCACCGCCUCUUCAUACAAGCCUCUCUCCAAGUUCAUGCCGCCUCAAAAGCGGCACAAACUCGAGGUUCUUCAAGACUUGCCUGAGGUUCUCCCAGUCGUCCUUCUGACUCCAUCAACCUUUUCUUUGCAGAAUGUCCCGAGCAGCAGAAAUAGUCUGGAAAGCUUUGUCGACUUCAUGAGAAGGACGAGUGAGCCAGAAGGGCAUGAGUCGUUGGAGAAGUCCGAUGACAGUUCUGGUCAGGUCUGUGUGGCUUCCCUUACUCUUAUGAUUACUUUCGAUGAAGAAAAAAACAUGCUUGCCGUGUUUCCACUAGAAAAAGCCUGGCGGAAAACAGCUAGCUCAGAGCCAUGAACAAUUAUCAAACGAAAAGUUUAAAAAGUUUUCAAAUAAUUCGCCAAAAUAAUAGUUUCUUGCAGAUAGUUUCUUGCAGAUUUCUUGCAACUAAUUCGCCAAAAUAAUAGUUUCUUGCAAUAGUUUCUUGCAGAUAAAAACGUUUACCUUCUUGAAAAAUUUUUUUCAAAUGAAAAUUAGGAAAAACCUCCUUUUUUUCAAGUCCUGGGGUCCAAAAAAAGCCUACUGAUAAAGGUUUGGAGCUUCAGUCUCUUUUUUUGAAACCUUUUUCAUCUGCUAGUAAAAUUUAUUUCAAAUAGUUCUUAAAUUUUUCCUUUUAGAACGUGAAGUAUAUUCAAGUUUUACAUUCUCAAGUUUAAGGAAUGAAAAAAUUUCUGAGUUUCCAAAGCCAAGUCUUCCAACUGAAUUACUUGAGAUCUAAAAUGUUUUAUGAUUUUGAAAGCUUUCAGACCAACGACGAGUUUUGUUCGGAACGCCAUGAAGAAGAAGUCAAGAAGCUGCGAGGCGAAGUUGCAGAUCUCCAGUCCAAGCUCGCGGAUUUGCGCUCGGAACAUCUCUUGAUCAUCGAAAAGAAGCGGAGUCUUGAGGUUCCUUCUGAUUUGACCCAGCAAAACGCGAAAAUAAGGUGGACAACUGACAAAAAGUCAUUUUGGGAAGUUUACUUAGUUAGUCCUUUGUAACUUUCUGACGCAGCUACUUUGGUACUUCAUGUUCAUGUCCAAAACGUGAGGACACUCUCAAAUGAAAAGGAGCCGCUUGACAUCAUAGGCUCAUCUUCCGACAUUGCAAAAGAUGGUCUCUCUUGUCAAGUUUCUCUUCUUCUUCGUUCUUACUUCUUCAAAGUGUUUAAAUGCAGCUUCAUGGCAUCGAUAGGGCUAAUACAAAAUCAGCAACGGAAAAAAAAAAACAGUUCUUUGACGAGUAUGGGCCUCGACUAUUCUAUUUCUGGACCGCAAAAUAAAUUUGAAACUCAGACAGAAAAGGAAGAAGAAGCACAAAAGUCGCGUAACGAAGUUGCUAACCUUCAGUCCGAACUCACGAAAAUGCAUUCCGACCACCUCUUGAUAACCGAUAAGUAUCGGAGCCUCGAGGUUUCUUCCUUUUUCUUCAAAGAGAUGAAAAUCGAGAGUUUCAGGCGAAGAAAGAAGAAGAAGAUUCGACGAUGCGCUGUGUCAUUGAAGAGCUCCAUAAGCGCCUGGCUUCCUCGUCCGAGGAGCGUGAAGAGCUUCUGAAGAAAAUCGACCAACUUGGUCAAGAAAACAGCGACGCUUCGCGAGACAGCGUCGCGUUCCACCAACAACUGCUCGUUGCUCACAAGGAGAAGGAAGACCUCUGCAUCGAGGUCCGUUUCGUUCUCUCAAGAAAGUAAGACAAACUCGCGCCAGUUGAAUUUCGCUUUGACUUGUUUUCGCAGUUUUUUUUUUGGAGUGAUUAGAAAGCAGCUGUUUUCCCGAAUUCAAAGUUUUCUCGCAAAUCAUGGCGUAAUCAUGUUUUUUGGGAGAAAAAAAUAAAAUGUUUUUCAGAUGCAUAGACUGACUGAAACAGUGGAAAACUUGACGUCCGAGAACCGGGAGUCCAAAAAAAGAGUUCUCAAAUCGGAGAAGAAUCUGGAAGUUGCCCACAAGUAUGCAGAAGCUAUCAAGAAGGACCUCGCCGAGUUGAUUGUUUGAAUCGCUUAAUUUCACUUUAUAUAUGUUUUUAUUUUUUGAUCCAGAAACAGUCCCAAAGUUGUGCAGAUGAAGACUCCCUACGUAUCGAGGUUUUUCGUUGUGAGAAUUGAAGUUUUAAAUCUUUUCUCUCAGAUAGCUCGGUUGGGCGCUGAGCUGAGAGAUUCGUUGGAAGAGCGCUCCAAAAUGAAGUCCGAGUACGAGGAAAACAUUGAAAAGAUGAAAAUUCAGACCUCGGAGCAGGUUUUACUGACACAAUACUUUUGUUGAAUGCAGCUUGAAGGUCGAGAACUUGAUGCAGAAAUUGGAAUCUGAGCGCGCUUUGUCUUUGAGCGACCUCGAAAAACUGGGAAGUGAAAAAAACGCUCUCGAGAAACUUUGCUCAGAUUUGGUAAAUAUUGUUUCACCUUUGCAUACCCGGUUGCUUUCUUUCGAUCAUGAGCUAAAAGCUCACAAUCUUCAUAUUGAUGUUCUCAUGAUUGUCGGUAUUUCUGAGUUUUCUGUUAUUUUUUUUCGUCAUGAAGAAACUGUACUUGAAGUCUUGGCAGUGCAAAACGUAGUUUGGGAUGAAGCCGUCAUUUUGUAGAUUUUUUGUCGCGAGUCGAACGGCAAGCAUUAAAUUUACAACACUGCGUCCCUCGAAGAAGCAUAGGUUUGAGAGUUGCAGAAAAUUGUAGAUACUGUCCAUAAAUGUACACACGUUAUUAAGAAUAUUGCAGGGUUGAAUCACUUUUUACUCUCAAUAUAUUUUAAUUGCAGAAAGAGUCCCAAAGUUCAACAAAUGAGGGCUCGCCUAUUGAGGUUUUUGAUUGUCAAAAACUCACAAAUUUAUUUUUAUUAAAAUUUCAGAUAGCUCGGUUGGGUGCUGAGCUGAGAGAUUCGUUGGAAGAGAGCUCCAGAUUGAAGUCCGAGUACGAGGAAACCAUCGAAAAGAUGAAGAUUCGGACCUCGGAGCAGGUUCUGAUGGGGCAAGAGCUCUAUUCAACUCACCUUAAAGGUCGAGAAGUUGAUGGAAGAGUUGGAAUCGGAGCGUGCUGUGUUUUUGAGCGACAGCGAUAAGUUCAAAAACGAAAAAAACGAUCUCGAGAAACUUUGCUCAGAUUUGGUAAGCAUGUUUUUGGUUAUAUUCAAAAAAUCUUUGAUUAGAAAUUCAAUGAAAAGCUUUAUGAACUUUUUUUGUUUUUAUCAAGAACUACUCUCAGAUAAUUAGUUUUCCUUUCCGGGAGGAUGGUUUAAUAUUAAGAAGUUAUGAAUAAGUCAAGUGAAACUUCUCGAAAACUCUUUCCCUCCAUCGUUUUUGAGUGUUGAAUUGGUUCAGAGAGGGGAAAUAACGAUUUUGACUUCGCGACUUGGUCUUCUAGACGCUCAAAUAGCCGAAGAGCGAGAAUCGAAGAUAUUUUCGGAGGAAGCUGUCAGCCAAAAAAAGCAGCAGAACUGCGUCCGUUGCGUUCAGCUCGACGUCCAGAUCCGAAACUUGGAAGAAAAGGUCAUCUUUGUCAUUUUCAGAUUACUUUACCGGCCAUGGAAUAUUAUAUUUAAAAAAAUUUUUUUUUCAUUUCUCGUGAAGUUGUUGAGCGCAAGCUGUCAACUGGAAUAAUCGAUUCGCGGAUUAUAUUUGUGUUAAAAUUGAAAGAGAUUCUAAUUUUUAAGGGUCCAUUUUACACUCAAUUUUUUUGAGAAGCGCAUGUAAAUUCCCAUUCCUUUUUUCAUUAUGGUUAGUUUUUAUGUGCUCGAGAAGGUCAGAACGAAAAAAAAGUGAAGGAAUCGUAAAGUUGAGUAAAAAAUUUAGUAAUCGGUAAACUUCUAACAGUGUGGAUUAAUUAUAUAAUUAGGUUUCUCGCUAUUUUGAUGUCCAACCACCUUAUUCUCAGGUCAAGCUGCUCAACGCCGAGUACAGUUUUAUGAAGUCGAAAAUAGAAAGUGAGCAGAGCAAGUCCGAGCAGCUCUCAGCACGUUUGACAGAAAUGCGCGAUGAAGUUUCUCAUUUUCCAUUUCUUUCUUUCAUGAGUUAUUCAGAUGCACGAGAAACUCGCCGAAAAGGAAGAAAAACUCCAUAAGUAUAGAAACCGUAUUGCAGAGUUGGACUCAUCCCUGAAACGUUCUGAAGCGCAGAAGAAGGAUGUUGGUUUUUUUUUUGUUACGAAUUCGUUUCCCUGAUUUAUUUUUCCUGUUCUCUGAGCUAGUAAAAGUUCUAGAUAAGGGUUUGUUAUAAAUAAUUUAAUUUUAUUCUAGCUCAUAGUUUUUUUAUGCUUAGAAGCUAUUUCGCAGAUUUUGUCAUCAAUUUAUUUGUCACAAACCGAUCGGAGGCUCGUAAUAUCUAUUGCGCACUUUGUUUUGUCUGUGACAAGCAAGCGAUGAUUGUGUAUCUCAUCAUUGGCAUUCCAUAUUUUCUAGCUUUCCAACUGGCGAUCAGAGAUCGACGAAAAGAAUAGGAAGUUGGAAGAGAAGCUGCAGCGAGAGAUCAUUAGAGCCAAAGAAGCAGAAGCACAAGCCGAGGCAAUUCAGUUCAAAAAUAUAGUGUGUCAAAAAUGGUUUCAGAAAGGAACCAACACGGCAGAAGCAAAAGAAGCCCUCCUUCUCCAGGUAGAAGACUUGCAGAAGCGUCUUUCCGACGCCAUCUCCGAAAAGGACGCUGCCGAAGACCUCAACCUCAAGCUUCAGGCCGACGUCUUCGCUCUCAGAACGUCAGUUUUCGUACUCUGUUUUACGUCUUUGUUCAGAAAAAGAAAAAAAAAGAGUGAAGAUGGGAGUUUUCAUUUAUCUGCUACUUAGUUUUUUUUCAGAAAGUCGAGUGAAGCGGCAUGGUCAAGCGAAAAAUGGUCAUUGGAGAAGAAAAUCCGAGACUUUGAGUCAGAGGUUCUGAAGAGUAUUCCAAAAAUUUAUUCUGCUACGGUUUUCCCAGAUGCGUGAACUGCGCGACCAACUCGACGUGGCUUUGAACUCGAAGCCCGCGGUCGUCACCAAAACAGACUCGGCCCUCAUCGGAGAGCUCCAGGAUCUUCGUUCCAGAAUCAAGGCAUUCUUUUGACAUACAUUUUUCUUAAAUCUUCUAAUUCAGGACUUGGAGCAGAAAAGCGCUGAGAAAACGGCAGAGAUCGAACUUCUCUACAAGGUCGAACGGAAAGAAGUUUUAAGCAUCUAACAUAUUGUUUUCAGCAGAAGAUGAAUGGAGUGGAAUACGUGAAAGAGCUGAAGCGAAGGAUAGCGGAACUGGAGAAAUAG